AUGUCAGUUCCAGUUACCUCAUGGUCGUGGGGCAAUAUUGCGGAACAACUUGGCUCCCAAUCCUCUGGCCAAAAUCAAAACGGCGUACACACAGAAAACAAGCAAGCGCAUCAAGAAGCUCCUUUGCAAGAACCAGAGCCGGCGCCAGAACCGGUACCAGAACCAAAACGUCGGAGAUAUUAUCCACCCCGACAAUGUCGAAUAUGUCUCGAAACCGUCGAGCCAACCUUCGAAACUCCUACCGCUGGCAUAGCUUCAAUUCUCAAUCCAACACCUCGAGUAAUGUACACGUCCGAAGAUCCUGAGUUAGGCCGUCUAAUGCGACCGUGCAAGUGCAAAGGAAGCCAAAGACAUGUUCAUGAAGGCUGUCUGACAGCCUGGAGACACGCAGAUCCUCUUUACGGAGCACGAAAUUAUUAUGAAUGCCCUACAUGUAAAUUUCAAUACCAUUUUCAGAGAAUCAAGUGGGGUCAUUUAAUUAGUAGUACAUUCGCACAAUUAUGUCUGACUUUGGCGAUAUUGUUUGUGACAAUUUUCGUCAUGGGUUUCGUCGCAGAUCCGAUCAUCAACUUCUAUCUGGAUCCGUAUAGCACAAUUCUUUCUUUCCCUUCGAUGGGAGGGAGUGGUCCUGCUCUGCAUAUUGUGGAGACUGAGACAACGACUUGGACUGAGCAUCUAUUAAAGGGAUUGGCGUCUUUGGGAAUGCUGGGAUUCGUUAAGAUUUUCUUCGCAAUGUCCUCAUUCAGCUGGUGGAAUAUAAGACAAACUGGUGUGUUUGGAGGCGGCCGCGUUCGAGCUGGAACAGGUCGAAAUCGUCUGGAGAAUAUCAGUUGGACGCUUGUCAUUAUUGGUAUUGGCGCUUUCUUAGUUACAGUUUGGAAAUGGACCAGAACUUGGAGUAGAGCCGUGCUCGAGAGAGCUGGCGAGACUGUGAUUGAUGUUGGAGGUGAUGAUGCUGAUGAUGAAGAAGAACAAGCAGAAGCUACCGAGCGAGCAAACCAAGAAACUGCAAGAGAACACCCUCCAACAACUGUCGACCCUGACACCAGGAAAAGGCAGUGA